CCGGGUGGCGGGUGGAACACGGCUGCAGUGUUCGCCUUCAAGACCCUUCGCACCGCCACCAUGCUCGCAGUCGCAGCUGGGCGCUCUUUGGCAAGCACGAGUACCGACACUGGAGGAGCAGUUUGUGCGGCGAUUGUGGAAAUGAAGAUUCCAGUGUGCGAGGGGCGGAAAGUGCUCACACCUUUCACAGGGUCAAAGUCGUCGUCGACGUUGCCAGCGAAGUGGGAGGUGUUUGAGGAUGCGUGGCUGGCGGAGGCAUCCGGGGAGUUUCAGAUCCAGGCAGUCCAGGUCAAAGUCGAUGUCGCGUCCACCGCUACUCAGCAAGACGCGAAGGCCAUUCAGAAGCAGAGGGUAGCGGGCCAGGUCAGCGCUCUGCAGUCGAAGCUGAAGGGCAUCAUGCUGCAGUGUCAGUCGUGCUUGGACAAGUUGAAUGUGGCAGGGCAGAACGUUGAGAACCCCGAAGCCGCAGUCAGCGAUGCAGACAAGACUGCUGUUGUCUUCGCGGAAGAGUUGAUGAGCAAGUUCUCGAGUUAG